CCGAUUAACUUAAUCAGAAUUUGAUCGAAACUGUCUGGAUGUUUGGAGUGUCCACUGUCCACGACAUCCACGCGUGUCUGUUGACAUACGACGAACCGGGACAGCGGGAGCAGCGAAGCCAGACGAAGCGCACGUUAACCUUGCACGGAAGAUGGCGGACGACGAUGUGAACGGGGACUCGGACGAUGUGCAGCAGGAGAAGUCGCAGAAGAAGGCGGCCAAGUAUGACAGUGGUGCAGCGGAUCUGGAAAAAGUGACCGAUUAUGCCGAGGAGAAAGAGAUCUCGUCGUCCGAUGGAUUUUCAUGCGCUCUCAGCAUAAUCGGCGACCGUCGCGAUAAGGAAGCCGCGGAGAAAAAGGCGAAGGAGAAGGAGCUGCUCAAAGUAUCUAUUAAGAAGGAGGAUGUCGAUUUGAUCAUGAAAGAGAUGGAGAUCAGUCGGAUUUUGGCCGAACAGACUCUCAGGGAACAUAGAGGCGAUAUUGUAGAGGCAUUAAUUACAUUAACUAAUUGAAAUUGUACAAAAGAAAUUGUUCGAGAGAUCUGGUGUCAUAUCUCUGAAUUUUACUGUAAAAUAGGCUAAAUUACGAAAGUCUUGAGACUUUCACUUAUUUGCUGACACAUGUUAUAAAAUAUCCAAGUAAUACCUAUAUUUUCGUUUUCUCAUAUUUGCCUACUUGCUAAAUGAA